UACGAAACAAACCUGCGACUUCUUUCCAUAGACAAGCGUUAAAACAGUGGCAAAAAAUCUUCGGUCCUCAUCUCCAUCUCCCUUUUCCAAACUUGUUCUUCUUCUCUUUUAGCAGUUAAUAAUUUCACACAUGCUCUCGUAAAACAUGGCGGGCGAAUCUUUAUCUCCCAAUGAUCUUCUUUGUCAAGAAGAUUUUCGUGCUGAAUUGUCAGUGGCAGAUGAAGAUGAUACAUACAUUGAUAUUUCACGGACUUAUGUUGGUGAUCCAGAUACGGAAGAAGAAGAGUAUUUGGCGUUGUUGGCUAAUCAAGAACCUCAUCGUGGGUUCAGUGCUAACGACACUUUGGUCAUUGAUAGCUGGUUUAGAAAUGCUCGCUUGGAAGCUGUUACUUGGAUUCUCAGAACAAGAAAAACCUUUGGUUUUCAUUUUCAUACCGCUUACCUGUCCAUGAUAUAUUUUGAUCGGUUCAUUUCAAGUCGUUCCCUUGAUAGAAGGUAUUCUUGGGUAGUUAAAUUGAUAUCAGUAGCAUGUAUUUCUCUGGCCUCAAAGAUGGAGGAAGUACAGGUGCCCUCUUCACUGGAGUUCCAAACAGAUGGGGUUAUAUUUGAAAGUAAGAGUGUUAAAAGAGUAGAGCUUGGAAUAUUAAGCACGUUGCAAUGGAGAAUGAACUAUACAACUCCUUUUGCUUUUCUUCGCUACUUCAUAAUGAGAUUCUCCCGGCAUGAUUCUCCACCGAGGGAAACAAUAUCUAGGACCGUGCGAUACAUUUUGGCUUUAAUGAAAGAGAUACAUUUGAUGAGCCAUCGACCUUCUGUUAUAGCAGCGGCUGCCUCAUUAGUGGUAAUAAAUAAAAGUUUAACAAGAACCACAUUGGAGACCCAGAUGAAUUCAAUUGCUUAUCCAGGAUUUCUUAAUAUUGAAGAUGUGUUUCGAUGUUACAAUCUACUGCAGCAAUUAGAUGUGGAAAACCUUCGAUCAACAGCUAAUGUAAGUUCAGCUAGUAGGAAUUCUUCGAUAAAUGGCAUCAAGAGAAGACGGCUUACAUUCGAUGAUCCUGAUAAGAAUUAGGGGCAGCUUGAUGAAAACACUUGGAUAGAGAAAAAGAUUGUUUGUGAUACGAGUUUUCUUAAUGAUCCCCCACCCUAUGGAUAUGUAAUUUGGAGUCGAUUGAAAAGGUCUCCUUAAGGAGCAACCAAAGAAAGGAGAAACAGAGGAAGGAAAAGUAGAUAAGGCAACGCCUUGGGUUACAUAGAGCAAAAGCUGAUGUUGUUAACAGGCCAACUCCACAAGGUGGGAAAAAGAAUAGAGGCCGGGAGAAAGGUCUUGAAGACUGCUUGUACAACAUUUGGCUCUUAUGCUUACUCACAUGUUCAUUUUUU